GCGGCAUACACGGUUCUGCCCAAAUGCCUGGCCGGCAGCGGCUGUUUCCUCGCGACGCGUGCCUCUCGCGCGAUCGUCACGCGUGCGACUACUCGUGAGAGGGAGAGGUCAAGGGGAGUCCCGCAGACCUCUUCAGCCCCGUGGCCCACCGUCGUCUCCUCCCUUUCCAGACGCGACAAGGUGCUCCCGGUUCUUACCUGCUCUGCCUCGUCCCGCGAGAACCGCUCUCGCCCCACGAUCCGGACAAUUUUUUAAGCGCGACCGCCUCACUCGACCUCUGUGUGAACCGCGUUUCCGUUGUGACAGUAAUCGGUGCCAGUGAGUCCGUGAACCGUUUCGUUCUGAAAGUGAGAAGGCGCGAUCGGCGAACCGCCAGGGAUCGUCAUGGAUUGGAGACUCGGACUGCUGCUGACCUGCCUCGUCGUAGCGGACACGAACGCGUUGAGAAUGUUGGAGCUGGUGGUUCCCCAGCACGUGGUCCGCGGCCAGAACAUUAAACUGGAGUGUAACUUCAACCUGGACGGCGAGACCCUGUACUCGGUGAAAUGGUACAAAGACGGGAACGAGUUCUACCGAUACGUGCCACAGGACAGGCCGCCAGUGCUCGUCUUUCAGCUGUCAGGUGUUACGGCGGACAUUCACAAUUCGACCGAGAGAUCGGUCGUCCUCUAUUCCGUGAACUUAAUGAGCACCGGGAGAUACAGAUGCGAGGUGUCAGCGGAGGCGCCGUCGUUCCAAACGGUAUCCGAUCACUCGGACAUGCUGGUAGUCGCCCUGCCGGAAGACGGACCCAUUAUCACAGGGAGGCCGGGAAGGCUUCGUUAUCAGGUCGGUGACGUGGUACGAUUCAAUUGCACUUCGGCGAAGUCGAAACCAGCUGCCAUACUCAGCUGGUACAUCAACGGGGAGGCCGUCGACACACAAUACUUGAGAGGGCCUCACAUCACCGAGGUGGAUCGCGAGGGUCUGGAGACGGCCGUGCUCGGGCUGGAGUUCCGUCUGCGUACGAAGCACUUCAAGAGGAGAGACUUGAAGAUCAAAUGCCUGGCGACGAUAGCGACCGUAUAUUGGAAAUCGAACGAGCUCAGCAUAGAGGGUGAAAAGCCCCUAAAGAUGCCGGAAAUGGAGAGCAGAGAGACAAGGGCGCAAGGCCACACGCACGCGGAGCAUAUCUUAGGAGGAAGCGGAAGCAGCACGUUAGCACCUUGCAUCUUGCCGGUGAUAACUAGUUUAUUUAUUCUACGAUAAGAAGAGGGGACAGACCGACGCGUCGUGUCCUUCGUGCUCAUCCUUUUCAGGCUUCUAAAACCAAG